UACAAAACCAGCGGACGUGCGGAUUACACUUUGUGGUACGGAGAAACCCGUGCGAUGUCAGAAAAGGCGAUUAACCUGGUUAUCGUUGAGGCCAAGAAGAAGGGUAUGGUGAGCGCUGGGGAGGCCCAACUCCUUGGCUAUAUGGAGCGCAAGACCCUGAGAAAGGUCAAUACAGUUGUCUACGGUAUGGCUAGUGAUAGAGAUGAGUUUCAUUUUCACUAA